GCAAGCAUCAUAAGGACAUUUCGAAAUGAGAAUCGGUAUGCCUACCUGCCUACUGUGUGUGUGUAUUGGUGGGAGUGUGUACUGCGAUGACAUGGGCCUGGACCAGGUCCCACCCCUGCCCAAAGACACCAACCGUUUUUAUGGCCGCUACAACAAGAUCCAACAUGUCAAGAACACAGACUUCAUCAACCUCAAUAAGCUCCAGUCCAUUGAUCUAACUGGAAACCAGAUCUUAUGGGUGGAUGAGGAUGUGUUUCGCUCGCUGCCGCAGCUGCAGGAGUUACUGUUGGCUGAUAACAACCUGCAGGUCAUGCCCGAGCUGCCAGUCACCAUGAAACACAUUGAUCUGCGCAACAACAGGCUGACCAGUAGUGGGGUACAUUCUGAGGGAUUCAAGGAUAUGAGCCAACUGGAAUUCCUCUAUCUGUCCAACAAUAACCUGGAUUACAUUCCUACGCCACUGCCACUGAGACUGAGAGCAUUACACCUGCAGGUAGAAUCACAUCUAUGUCAUAGUUCUUCUCUGCCUGGCGCUGGAAGGUCUAUGACCGUCAUCCCCAUCAACGCAUAG